GCAAACAGCCAUAGGCUCGUGCAGCUAACCUCAGUAGUAGCGCGCGCUCGUUCUGCCAUAGGCUUACAUAACAACACUUAUUACAUCAAAGCGUGCAAACGGGACAAAUAUUUCAGGUUUGUUGAACUUGAGCUCCCGGAUGAACCGGAAAGAGGUGAUGCUGCUCUGUGAAUGAGAGAGAAUAACGCGGGAGUAGUAACUCGGGGAUGUUUGGGAUGCAUCGCGUCGCGUGCCAGGACUGAAGCUUUGAUGCACAUCCACAGGCUCGUGUUUCGAUGAGUUUGGAGGCGAUCGCUCCUGCCUGAAUCAUUUACAGCAAAGAUAACCGGCUGGAUUAUCGACGAGCAAUAUGCUGUUAUUGGUUGGUUUUGUGUUGUCAACUUUUUGGCUAUGGGAAGCGUCGCUUUCUCGCGUUUACACCAAUCACUGGGCUGUUCGGAUCCCUGGAGGACCAGCAGAAGCUGAUUAUCUCGCCUCUAAAUAUGGCUUUACCAAUUUGGGUCAGAUCGGAGGACUGGAGCACCAUUACCAUUUCCAUCACAGCAGGGUGGUCCGCAGAUCCACCUUUGUCACCAGAGGCACUCACAUCUUCAUUCACAUGGACCCGAAGGUUGACUGGGCGCAGCAGCAGCUGGUGAAGACGAGAGUCAAACGCCACGCCAGGAGCGACCCGAACUACAUCCACUUCAACGAUCCCGAAUGGUCCAACAUGUGGUACAUUCACUGUAAUGAUAAAAACAGCCACUGCCGUUCAGAAAUGAAUAUCCUUGCUGCCUGGCAGAGAGGCUACACAGGUCGAAAUGUGGUCGUCACCAUCUUGGACGACGGUAUUGAGAGAAACCAUCCAGAUCUGGUGCAGAAUUAUGACCAGCUGGCGAGCUACGAUGUGAACGGAAACGACUACGACCCAACGCCACGAUACGACUUCAGCAAUGAGAACAAGCACGGGACACGAUGCGCAGGUGAAGUCGCUGCUGUGGCCAACAACUCGCACUGCAUUGUGGGUAUAGCCUACAACGCCCGCAUAGGAGGUGUCCGAAUGCUUGAUGGAGACGUGACUGAUGUGGUAGAGGCCAAGUCUCUGGGAAUAAGGCCAGACUACAUCGACAUUUACAGUGCCAGCUGGGGCCCGGACGAUGACGGGAAGACCGUGGACGGGCCGGGGCCUCUGGCCAAACAAGCCUUUGAGCUGGGAAUUAAAAAGGGCCGGAAGGGUCUGGGCUCCAUCUUUGUUUGGGCGUCUGGUAACGGGGGCCGACAGGGCGAUCACUGCUCCUGCGACGGCUACACCAACAGCAUCUACACCAUCUCCGUCAGCAGCAGCACUGAAAACGGCAACAAGCCCUGGUACCUGGAGGUGUGUUCCUCCACCCUCGCCACCACGUACAGCAGCGGAGAGGUCUACGACCGCAAAAUAGUGACCACGGAUCUGCGUCAGAGAUGUACAGAAGGACACACAGGCACCUCCGUGUCUGCACCGAUGGUGGCGGGUGUCAUCGCUCUCGCUCUGGAGGCAAAUCCUCUGAUAACAUGGAGAGAUGUCCAGCAUCUCCUCGUGAAGACGUCAAGACAAGCUCAUCUGAAAGCCAGUGACUGGAAAACUAAUGCAGCCGGACACAAAGUCAGUCAUCUGUAUGGCUUUGGUUUGGUGGAUGCUGAGGCCAUGGUGGUGGAAGCCAAGAAUUGGAGAAACGUUCCUCCUCAGCACACCUGCAGCAAAACCUCUGACCGCAGAACCCGGUAUAUUCGAGCAGAUCAGAAGCUGAACGCCAGCAUCUCGAGCAGCGGCUGCAGCGAUCAGCCGGAUCAGCGGGUGGUGUUUCUGGAGCACGUGGUGGUGCGCGUCCUCAUCAUCCACCCGCGCAGAGGAGACCUGGAGAUCAGCCUCGUAUCCCCAUCAGGGACGCGAUCAACGCUGCUGGCUCAGAGAUUGUUUGAUAACUCCCACGAGGGCUUCAGGAACUGGGAGUUCAUGACGGUUCACUGCUGGGGGGAGAGAGCGGAGGGCACGUGGACGCUGGAGGUCUCAGACUCUCCGUCUCAGCGGCGUAACCCUGAGGUGUUGGGUAAGCUGAAGGAGUGGACACUCACCCUUCACGGCACGGCUGAGCACCCCUACCAAUCCCAGAGUCCCCAGCACUCGAGCACAGCAGGCAAGGAGCUGAAAAACACAGGAGCCCCUGAGCAUGAAGACGAGGAAGAGGAGGAAUAUAAUGGUCCAUGUCAUCCUGAAUGUGGAGACCAGCGCUGCGACGGGCCGGACGCCGAUCACUGCCUCAACUGCAUUCACUUCAGUCUGGGCAGCCUCAAGACCGGCAGGACGUGUGUUAGUCACUGUCCUCUGGGUUAUUUUGAGGACGGAGAGGCCCGCAGAUGUCGCCGUUGUCACCGCGGCUGUGAGAAGUGUGUGGCUCGCGGGCCGAACGAGUGCCGGUCCUGCCGGAGAGGGCUUUACUUCUACUCGAAGGAGAGCACCUGUGUGGAGACAUGUCCCGCCGGCUGCUUCCCCGACGACGGCCAGAGAUGUUGUCUGAAGUGUCACGAGAACUGUUUGAAAUGCUUGCGAGAUGCAGACAGAUGCACGGCCUGUAAAGAUGGCUUCAGUCUGGCAGGAAUGACCUGUGUUCCAGAAUGUGCCAAUGGAACGUUUUUUAACCUGGAAGAAAUGAAGUGCAGCCCCUGCCAUGUCUCCUGCUCUACAUGCACAGGUCCAGGACUGGAGGAGUGUAUUCAGUGUGCACCAGACUAUCUACAGCAGGAGUGGAGGUGCGUCCGAACCUGUGCUCCUGGAUACUACAGAGGAGAGGCGGCGGGAUUCACACAGAGGAUGUGCCGCAAGUGUGAGGAGCACUGUUUGAGCUGUCAGGGUCCUGGAGCGAGCUGCACACAGUGUAAGGACGGAUACAGCCUCGUCAGCCGGACCUGUGUCAUGAACGCCACCUGUAACAACGCGGAUGAAGUAUUCUGCGAGAUGGUCAAGUCGAACCGACUGUGUGAGAAGAAGCUCUUCCAUCAGUUCUGCUGCCAGACGUGUUCGAUGACGGCUGGAUGACAGCAAGGAAAGAGACUAAUGGACUGACCUACUAUUUCUUUGGUUGUGUUAUCUAAUGUACAUUUUAAACUAGUUAUACUGUGAUUAUUAAAGGAAUAGUUUAGCCAAUAAUGAAAAUUUGCACAGAAUGAACAGUGCUCUCUUCCACCCUGAAUGCCCACAGCUGAAGUGCCCUUGAGCAAGGCACUGAACCCCCAGUUGCUCCCCAGGUGCUGGAUAUAUAGCUCUCCACUGCUCCGGGUGUGUGUUCACGGUGUGUUCACUUCUCACUGCUGUGUGUGUGCACUUGGAUGGGUUAAAUGCAGAGCACCAAUGCUGAGUAUGGGUUACCAUACUUCGCAAAUGUCAAGACUUUGACUUUUUUUUCAUCAGAACAGAUUUGGAGACAUUGCAUCACUUGCUCACCAGUGGAUCCUCUGCAGUGGAUGGGUGCCGUCAGAAAUGAGAGUCCAUACAGCUGAUAAAAACAUCACAAUAAUCCAUGAGUAUUCCACACCACUCCAGUCCAUCAGUAAACAUCUAGUGAAGCGAAAAGCUGCAUGUUUCUUAGAAACAAAUCCAUCAUUAAGGAGUUUUAACUUUAAAACAUCACUUCCUGCUAAAAUAUGAGUCGUCUAUCCGUAAUCUUGCUUUUCAGGAGAUGUUUUUUUUACUGGAGGAAACGUUAUUAUGGAUCAUGGACUCAUGUUUUGACCAGAAAUUAUUGCUAAAAUCAUCUUGAUGGAUUUUUUUUUCAGUUUUUCAGUGUUUCUCUUCACAAGAUGCUAAUUGAUUAUUAUGUGGAUUGUGAUGUAUUUAUCAGCUGUUUGGACUCUCAUUCUGACGGUACCCAUUCACUGCAGAGGAUCCACUGGUGAGCAACUGAUGCAAUGCUACUUUUCUCCAAAUCUGUUUUGAUGAAGAAACAAACUCAUCUACAUCUUGGAUGACCUGUGGUUGAGUGCAUUUUCAGCUAAUAUUUGUUUUUAGGUGAACUCUUCCUUUAAUGAAAUACAUAAUACUCCUCAUUUCAAGAAACCCGGUUUGAUUUCAACAAGAUAUAUUUUUUUUAAACAUGCAGUACAUGUAUAAAUUGCUUCCUUUUUUUUUUAUUCAACGACAUCACUCUGAAUUAUGAUAUAAUUGUAUAUGAGAGAUGCCGUUCUCAUAAAUGAUCAUGUGAUUUCCAGUGAAAAUGAUUACGUUGGUGAAUGCCAGAUAACGUUUGGAGUGAAACUGCAAUGUUAAGAGAGACAUAAAGCUUUUAAAUCACAAGAAGGAUCGAGAACAAUGACACUGUACAUUUUAAACUACGCAUCUAAUGGUAUUUUAAAUAUCUGAAGGUGGAAUAUCUCCAUCAAAGGUCUGAAAUAUAAACCUUUCCUUGAUGAAAA